AGGGUGACAUGGAGGAGAUCGUGUGAGGAAGAAAUGAGAGCUUGUGGGUAGUGGUGGAGCCAGGUUGAAAAGAUUGGAGAGGACGGAGUGUAAUGGAGACGUGCUAGUGAAGCAGUAUGUUCCACUAGGAACCCAAGGGAUAAAGUAUAACAUAAUAACUGGCAUGGUAGGUUUAUAUACACAUUAGUUAUCUUAGAAGUGUGUGUAAUGACCAGUUGCUGAUAAGUUUUCGUCUAGCCAGUAGAUAGAUACUUUGUUGCAGGGGGUACGCAGAAUAGUGUGAGUUUGUUAGUGGCCACAAGAAUCUGGAAAAGAAAAAACAAAGAGAAGAAAGGCGAGCUGACGACUCAGCAAGUACGGAGGAUAUACUUACAUUUAAUGAUAAAAGAUAACUGAUAAACGGUACAGCUAGAUAACAAAGAGAUGAGGCGAAACUUUAAGGUGAAUGAGUAAGAUUUUGAAUGCGCUACAUGCGUUCAAUGAUAUUGCGUUACUAUUUAAUAACAGACCUACUACAUGAUUUUCUUGUCGCAUAGUAACCAAUAUAUUGUCAUUAUAAAAUUCCUAUUCAUUUCUAGGCAGACUUUAAGAUAAAUGUUAACUAAAUUGGAUGUUAUACAUAACUAGCCACUAGGUACUUUCAUCUAUAUCAGAAUAGUUUUUGCAGGUAUAUAUUGAGGAUAAAGUGUUAAACAUCUUCAGUCUUACAUGUUCUUAUGUUAUUUAAGACAUUAAAAACCCUUAUUAAUGUUUAUGCUGAUUAGUGCCUUUUCAAAAAGUCAGCAUUUUCAAUGAAACAUCCAUCUGUUUUGCUAUUAAUGCCUACUUUCUAUGUUAAAUGGGUAAAAUAUGUCAAUAUUGUAUAGAAUUAUUAAUUAUACGAUCUUUAUGCCCAUGAACCUGAUUUAUACAAAUUUCUUCAUUUCUUUUCGUCUAUAUUUUGUUGUAGAGGUUCAGUUAAAAUAACAUCAAAGAGAUCAGUUAUGUUGAUCGUAGAUAUUAAAAGGUUUUUAGAGUUCACUAUUGACAAUUUAAUAUCAUUCUUAUCUCGAAUAUCCUGAAGAUGAUAUUUUUUUGGCUCAUAUUAUUGUUAUAUGAAAAUGCAAAUGAUCAUUUUCACUGAACUGAGAUCUAUACUACACCUUAAAGAUGAGAUAAGAUGAAAUUUGAAUAUUUCAAGUUGUUAUUCAUCGAAGACUGACAUCAGUAGGAGGAACAAAGGAAACCUGGGAGCACUUGACAGCUGUUUCGUCCCACUAAUAUGGGACUCCUCAGCAGUGCGUACCCACGACCCAGCCCUCCCCGGAUCGAACCCGCAGCCUUCAAGUUCCGCGACCAGCGCGUUACCAUUGACUCACUGGGUCACAAUCCAAUGCUACAUAUUUCCAACUUCUCUUAGCUCACGAUAUAGCGCAAACCGCCACCCAAUGUCAUCGUUGAGUAUUUGUCCUCACGACCAUCAGGCUUUGACUCCACCGGUCACGACUUGUCAUUGGAACUUCGGGAAUACUUCUCGAAGCUAGUCACCAAUGAGCACCAGUUCAAUUAAAUUUUUGAGGGAGUUGUGGAGAUAUGGAAAUAUUUCAAGUUGUUAUUCAUCGUAGACUGACAUGAGUUGGAGGAAGAAAGGAAAUCUGGGAGCACUGGACAGCUGUGUCGUCUUAGUAUGGGACUCCUCAGCAGUGCGCACCCACGACCCCACCAGGUGCUUUACUACUCAUGACUUCUAGGACAUAUUUUGAAUUCAUAUAGUUUUUGAAUAUUUGGAAUGGUUAACUAUGAGUGGGUGUAUUUUGCUACCUGUAAAGCAGAAUCUUUCCAAUUUCGAUGUAUAACGUAGUGCUGAAUAUUAAAAUCUAUUCUUGAGCUUAUUCUAUGGGGGACAAAUUAAGGUCACAUGGUCAGUAGACAGCCUAUUGAAGGACUGAUAUAGUGUCAUAUUACUCUGACACUUAGCUAAACAUGUCUACGUCUAUGCCACGUAAACUUCAAAAACAUAUUUGGUAAUGUAUUUUGAAGUGAGUGGGCAUUUUAGUUUAUAGUCAGUAUUCAUCACUUGGAAAACCAUUAAAGACCUGGGAGGACUGGAUAGUUAUUUCUCCCUAGUAUGGGACUUGUCGGCAGUACACACCUACAAGACCAUCCCAACAAGAAUUGAACUCAGAACCAUCAGGUUUUACGGUGAACGCAUUAACCAUUCCCCCACUGGGUGGGACAUGAGUGGUUCACAGUCUCCAACUUCUGUUUGUUCGCGAUAUAAUGUGACGAUCACUCAAGAUCUUCAGUUAGCAUUCACUUCACUUUCGACUGGUUGACUCCACAGGUCAUCGCUUCUCAUUACAACCUCGGGACAUCCAUGUGAAUGCAUGUUGCCAGUGAGCGCUAUACAGCAAUAUCAUGGAUAUGUACUGCUGAGGAGUCCCAUACUAGAACGAAGCAGCUAAAUAUUUCUCACGGAUUUCCAGUGGUUCUCCAAAUGAUGUCAGUCCGUGAUAAAUACUACCUUAAUAUAUUUAGUAGUCAUUUUUCUCUUAGUCAAUAUUAUUGAGAAAACUAAACAUGUUCCUGGAACAGCUUUCAAUGGAAAUGAAUUUCUAACCUGUAUUCUCUUUCAGUCUGCGAUUAAUAAGUACAGUUAUUUUAGUCAAGUUAUCAGAAUAUGGUUUACCUAGAUAGAGUAUAUUCAUUUACUGUUAAGUUAGAUGAGAUAAUUUCACUUAUAUUUACCUCUUUGUAGUGUGCGCUCAAGGUAUUAAUAAACUUAUAAGGCAGAUUAUAUUUCUAAUGAUGGAUCGUGGCUUGUAGUGGAAUCCAGGAUAUGCAUUUCGUCCUAUUUGGGACAAUCUUCAGCUGGAUGUACCUGAGUUCGAGUCCGAAUUCCAUUGGGAGCAAUAUCACUCACUGGAAAGCAGGUACAUCCAGCUGACUGAUGAGUUCCAAAGAGGACGAGAUGCUCAUCCUGAAAUUCCACUGCUAGCCAUGAUCCAUUAUUAACAUAAUUAGAUUGCUGGCAAUAUCGAGGCAUCCAUAUAGGAGCCCAUAUGUUAAUAGAGACCAAUCAAUGACGGUAUCAUAUAAAAACCCUUAUACUAAAUUAUAUUUCUGUCUAUCCAGUAAUACUUUAUAUUGAACUGAAUAAAGUCAUUUUAAAUUAGAUAGGCUGUCAAAAUGAAAUUAACAGAAUGAAUAAUCACUUUAUAAUAACUUUUUAAAAUAAUUACAUAAAGCUAUAAAGUUAUUACAGAAUAUAUACAUUGUCAUUAUCAUAAACUGACUAACCUAUAUACUAUAUUAUAUUGAUAAAAGAAAACAGUAUUGAAACCAAUUAGAUUCGUUGUAACUUCAAUGACCUUAAAGUAAAUUUCAACCAAUCAGUUUAAACGACAUGUAAAUUUCUUUUUUGUUCGGUAUAACCAUAAAUGUAUGCACAAUACUGUAAUCUUCUUUGUCCAUUGAAUAAUAAUAAUAAUAAUAAUAGUAAUGAUAGUAACAACGAAUACAACUGCUGCUAUAGUUACCUUGAAUAUGUUAAGUAAUUUCAACCUGUAAAAUCCUUACGGUACAUCGACUAUCAAUUUAAUCCUUAAUGGAUAAGAUGAAGAAGUUUAUUCAUUAUAGUUAACUGAUUAUUUAAAAUCAUUGUUGAAAUGUCAAGACAAAUUUCUAAAAAACGAUCUGAUCAAUACUUAAAACGACAACAUUCAAUGAAAAUAGAUGAUAAUUAUGGAAUAGAUAUUAAAUAUCUUGAACCAUAUAAUAUACGCUCUAAUUCUGUUCAAAGAUUACGUACAAAUCCAAGUGUACCAUAUGAACUUCAUUCAAAUAUUGAUCAAUCAACAAAACGAUAUCCUAGACAAAUGAAUACAAAUUUAACAGGAAAAUCAAUUAGUCCACAUCUUUUAAAUGUAAUUAAUCCAAGUCCUAGUGUACAUUCAUCUUUAGUUGCUAUGAGUCGUGUAUCUCAACAGCCAUCAUUUGAAUCAUAUGAUUCAUCAAUGAGUACUACAAGUUGGACUAGUUCAAAUGAUCCAGAUAUAUUCGCUAACACUUCACGUUAUUCAAAUGAUCCAAGAUCUAUUUCACCGAAUUAUCUAAAUUCAUAUAAUACAAGCCUAUCAACAUCACCACAAUCAAAAGAUAGAAAUAUACAAAUGGAAUAUAAUCCAACAAUGAAUGAUAUUCGUAAUAAUAAUAAUAAUAAACAAGAGAACAUUAAAACAGACUUAAAAUUAAAUAAUGAAGUUAAAGUUAAUACAAAAUCUACUAAAGUAAAAGAUGCAUUUCAAUCAAGAAAAAAAAAUCCAUUAUUACGUAGUAUGACAGUUGAUAAUAAUUCAAGUCUGUCAACUAACGCUGAUACCACUGAAUGUUUAUCAUCUUCAUCAUCAACAUUUCAAUUAAAAACUUCUCAAACACGUAGUCAAUCAAGUAAAAGACUUUACAGUGAUGAUGAAAAAUGUAGCAAUGAUUUAUCGAAACGAGUAGCUGAUCUUAAAAUAAUUGGCAUGAAAAAAGAAGGAUCGGGUGACCUGAAAUCUACUGCAUCAUCAGUUCCACAGAAUAUAAGAGGAUUAUGGAAACGAGCAUUUCAAUCCUUAAGGAAGGAUAAAAAUGACAAAGAUCAGAUUAAACGGAAAGAAAAUGGUAGUCAACCCACAGAACCUCAAACACCUGAAGGUGAAAUUGAUCCAGUAUAUCAUUUACUGCGUUGUGCUGCUAGUAAAAGUCAGUCUACAGCUUUAGCUACAACUGGCCUGAUCAAUGCUAAAACAAAUCCUAAAACUAAAUCAUCUAUGCCUGAUACAUCAAUUACAAAGUCACAGAUAACAAAGAAGUCUGAAAAUCGUUUAGAUAGAAGUACAUCAUUAAAAAAUCCUUCUCAUCCAUUUUAUUGA